AUGGGAGGUCAGAUCAGCCGGACCUGCCGGAGCUACAGCACGCGCCGCCCCCCUCCCGCCGCGCCCCCGGCUCGAAUCCUCUCGACACCCAACCCCAGAUCCGGCUCUGGCUCGGGCUCCGGCUCCGGCUCCGGCUCUCAGCCGACGGGCCUAUCGGAGUCCGAUCUGAGCUCCUACGAAGCCGCGUGCCGCGCCGACCCGGACCUCCGGACCUUCGACUCCACCCUCCGCACCCGCACCACCCGCGCCAUCCACUCCAUCGCCGUCGGCUCCGACGUCCGGUCCCUCUCCCUCGAGUCCCUCAGCCAGGUCACCGAGUGCCUGCUCGAGACGAAUCAGGAGGUCGUCCGCAUCAUCCUCCGCCACAAGCGCGACGUCUGGCGCAACAAGGACCUCUCCGACCUCGUCGACGACUACUUCGAGAACAGCCUCCUCACCCUCGACUUCUGCGCUGCCCUCGACGCGUGCCUCGCACGCGCCUCCCGCAUCGAGUCCGUCGUCUCCAUCGCCCUCCGCCGCUUCGAGGAGGAGCACCACUGUCCCUCUCGUCCCGAAACCUCAGAUCCCGCCGGGAAAUACUCCAAAACCCUCGCGGAGCUCCGGAAUUUCGCGGCGGCGGGGGAUCCCUUCACGGAAGACUUCUUUAGGGUUUUCAACUCCGUCUACUCUCACCAGCUCCUAAUUCUCCAACGGUUGCAGGCCAAGAAACGGAAGCUCGACGGCAAGCUUAAGAAACUCAAGGUAUGGAGAAAAGUCUCCAACGCCAUCUUCGUGGCGGCCUUCGCCUCUGUUCUGAUCUGCUCCGUGGUGGCCGCUGCCGUCACCGCCCCUCCGGUGCUGACCGCGCUGGCCGCGGCCGCCGCCGUUCCUCUCGGCUCCAUGGGGCGGUGGCUGAACUCUAUCUGGAAGAACUGCGAACGAGACCUGACGGCACAAAGAGAAAUUGUGGGCUCCAUGCAAAUCGGGAGCUACAUUGUGAUCAAGGAUCUUGAGGGGAUUCGUUUGCUUGUGGAAAAGUUUCGGAUCGAGCUCGAGUCGUUGCUUGCCGAUGCUGAAUUUGCAGAUAGACGAGGAGUCGAGGAGGAUGAGGUGGCAGUGGCGAUUGCGGUUGAGGAGAUUAGGAAAAAGUUGAGUGGGUUCAUGAAGACGAUUCGUGAUCUUGGAGAACACGCGAACAAGUGCACUCAAGAGACUCGGAUGGCUCGGACUUUGAUUUUGAGGAAGAUCAUUAAUUAUCCGAGCGGGUCGGGUGAGGACAUGGGCAUGUUUUCGUGA